CACUCCCCUCUUCUCCCCUUUCCCACUAGAGUUUGAAACUCUCUUCUUUCCCUCUCUUACAAAAACCUCAAUCAUCCUCCAUUUCUUUUAAUUCCUUCUUCUUUAAUCCAUCCAUUUCAACUCUAUUUCUCUUCUAGACCUUCAUCUUCCAUUGCUACACAGAUUUAUUUCUUCUUCCAUCUCCAAAUUAUCGAUUAACCACCACAAAACGCGCUCCUCUUCUUCGAUUCUUCAAUUCUACUCUUCUACUACUCUUUACACCUUCCCUUGUUGUUUCCAGUGAUCGGAUUUUUCCUCUAUUAUACACUUUGUCGGGAUGAUUGCCAGCUCUCUCUGCAAUGCUUCCGCUAAAUUCCCGGCAGAGGUGAUGGAGGUUGAAACGAUGAUGGAACAGAAGAGGACUCUAUGCUCGGUUGAUGAGAGCGCUCUUACUUCACUUACACCCAAACGGCACAAGACUGAUUUCUCUAUCUCCUCUAAGGAGAGGAAAGACAAACUGGGUGAACGAAUUAUGGCCUUGCAACAACUUGUUUCACCAUACGGAAAGACAGAUACGGCAUCUGUUCUUCUGGAAGCAAUGGAAUAUAUCCAAUUCCUUCACGAGCAAGUCAAGGUGUUGAGUGCACCAUAUCUCCAAAGCACACCCACUGUUUUGUUGCAGGAGGUGGAGCCAUGCAGCCACAGCCUGAGGAGCAGAGGCCUUUGUCUUGUUCCAAUCUCGUGUACUGCUGGAGUUGCACGGAGCAACGGUGCAGAUAUUUGGGCUCCUGUGAAGACAAUUUCUCCCAAAUUUGAGAAGCACAUCUCACCAUUCAAUUGACCAUAAAAUCAGCUUAGCAGCUUCUGCAUACGGUUGCUAAAAAGAAAAGGGUAACUACUUAUCUUCAUAUCUAAUUUUACAACAAAUUUUCCCUCUGGAAGUGUAGGAAGAUGAAUAUUGGUAUCAAAUAAUUUAGGCAUGGUGGUUGGAAAAUGUAAUUCUUCUGUUGUUACAAAAAAGGAUAGGUAGAGUUAUGAAUCACCACACCAUUCUAGUUUUAUUAACUGGUGAAGAAGAAGGGUAUAGUUUAUUAUCUUUGUAGUGUAUUUUGGUGUAUUUAAAUGGUGGAAAUGUGUAUAUUGUGAACGGAAUUAUAUAUGAUGAGAUCCCAAAUCAGAAAUUCAUGGUAGAGUAGCAUUUGCUACCUGCCUAGGUAAACAGUAGCCUUUAAUUUAUGUUCA